ACCCAUAGCACUGAGAUGCAGUGCCUUAGACCGUGCACGUCUCAGGAGCCCAGUAAAUGCUGUAGACUGUAGACAAUCCUAAUGAAGUUACAGUAUUGAUGACUUUUCCUUAUAUUAUCAUUGAUCAGAUCUAUGAUAUUCCCACAACUCCAGUAGACUGAUUCAUCCUGAUCUUUUCUCCCCAGUCCACCGUGAUGUGAAGCCCCACAACAUCCUGUUGAAAGACCAUUCUGACUCAGUCACGGUCAAGAUCUCAGACUUUGGGAUGAGUAAGCAGUUAGCGGACAGCAGACAAAGCUACAGCAUGAGGUCUGGAGCCCUUGGCACCAUGGGCUGGAAUGCCCCAGAGGUCCUGGAUGACAGCAGGAAAGUAAACCCUACCAGUGCUGUGGACAUCUUCUCUGCCGGCUGUGUGUUUUACUAUGUGUUGACAGGAGGCAAACAUCCCUUUGGAGAACCCUAUCGACAGACUGCUAAUAUCAUGGAUGGCAAAUACAACCUUAACGGAUUACAGAAAGACAAACAUGAGGACAUCGUGGCCACAGACCUGAUAGAACAGAUGCUGAACAUGGAGCCCCAGAGGAGGCCUUCUGCUGAGAGCGUGCUCAAACACCCCUUCUUCUGGAGCCUGGAGAAACAACUGAUGUUCUUCCAGGACGUGAGUGACAGAAUUGUAAAUGAGACAUUGGAUGGUCCAAUCAUACAGCAGCUAGAGUCAGGGGGACAGGAAGUGGUGAGGAAUAACUGGAUGGAACACAUCACAGCAGUUCUGCGGAAAGAUCUAGAAUUACGUAAAGGAGCAUAUGAAGAGGGCUCUGUUAAAAGUCUUCUACGUGCCAUAAGAAACAAGAAACACCAUUACCACGAUUCUCCUAAGGAGGUCCAGGAGACUCUGGGCUCCAUCCCUGAUGACUUUGUCUCCUACUUCACCUCCCGCUUCCCCCACCUGCUGCUGCACACCUUCCUCGCCGUGCGUUCCUUUGCUGAGGAGCUGACUUUACAACAUUACUACCUCAAGUCCAACACGAAACUUAGACGGCAGAAGAGAACACACCCAGAGCCUGACGUGACGACAACCAAGCCAACAACUAAAAAAAUGUGACCAUAGUGUGAAGUCAGGCGCUCCGCUGAGAAGUACUCCAUCCCACACCAGCAAACCUCCAAUCUAUGCCAGUACACUGUAAUGUCACGGUUCUUUUUACAUGAACAAUAGUGGUUUGUCUGAAGAAGAAGCAAUCACUUUCACUUGUAUGCAGAUGACACUGUUGUGUAUGCUAUUUCACCGAUGGCUGACCAGGUUCUGUCAGAGCUUUAAUCUGCCUUUAUUGUCUUGACGAAAGCCUUUAUUAACUGAAAUUGUUACUUAAUUAAUGCAAGGUAAAACCAAGUAUACAUUAUAUUCCAAAUCACCUAAAAAAUGUAUCUGAUGAUUUAUGUAUACGUACAUUGGAUGGUGCCCUCAUUGAUAACUAAUACAUAUCUAGGCAUCUGGAUUGAUGAUAGUCCUUCAAAAAGAAUGUUGAUGAGUUCGUUAAAGGUGCAAUAUGUAGAAAUCACUCUGCCAUUCCUGGUUUCUUAAAUUGCAAUAGUUUGCCUAAUUUCAGUUUGUGACAAAACAAGUAAUAUACUGUAUAGUGUAGAGAAUCAUUGCACCAUCUAAACUGUGGUGAAAUAUCUCUUCAAUAGUAAGAAUAUUGUAUUUCCAGGUGUUUGAAGCUAGUGUACAAAACUGAAAGUAAAAGGAGUAAAAAUGAAACUAAAGAACGGGAAGCAUAUAAAUAGUGCACAUAGAACAUCUACAGCUUGUUAGACUUGCUGUCAAUGGGAAUGACAGAUAACUCACAUUUCUAUGUGAAUUUGGUCAGGUCGCCUAAAAAGUGACAUAUUGCAGCUUUAAAAUGUGAAGGUAGUCCGAAAUGAGUAUGAUUAUCUUGUAUUAUUUGUUUAUUGAAGAGGGUUCUGUUCAUUUCCUGGUCUGAGAAUUGAUGGGCAAGCAGUGGUGCGUUCGACUGCAUAGUUAUUGAAUGGGACGGGUAAUGUGGUAGUAGCCUAUCCCGAGGGAUGUACAUGUUUAUAUCCCAGGUUGUAUUGAUGCUUAAAGCAGGGGAAGCCCCUUUAUUGAUAUGUGUGCAUGUAUACUGUAUGUUCAAGUAUGUUUAUGAUCUGAAGACAUUUCUAUUGUAAUUCAUGUCUUUUGAAUGUUGAUUGAGUGUGUGAAAUGCCUUGUUUUUAUUGGUUAAAUGCAUUAUGGGUAGGGGUAUAAGAACCCUGUAUUCUCAUGGUUUUAGAGACAGACAGGGUAAGGUCUAUUUAUUUGAUUGUGUAAAUAAUUGUACAGUUUGCCGGCUCUUUAUCCUCACUUUGCAAAUAAAAGCCUCACUCUGAGCAGGAAAAAUCA